ACAAUGAAUUACAAAGAUAAUUAAACGUGACGUGGGGAGAGUUGUUAAUCUAGCUAUAAAAAGGAAACUUGAGCACUAACAUUCAUAGUAUUUUGGUUUUUUUGGUUUCAUGCUCUUAGUUUAUCAAAAAUAAAAAAGGUAUUUACGAUGAAAUCAAACAUGAGUCUUGUGUUAUUUGUAGUGUGUUUAUUCGGUCUUAUUAUUUUCGGCACUUGUGAAACUAAUGACAAGCCACCUUCAUCUGUACAACGACUUCACAGACGUUUAUAUGAUUAUAACUUUGGAAAUUUUUUAACAGAAGAACAAUUAGAUAACAAAGAAUUUUUGGAUUCGACUUACAAAAAAUUUGUUUCAACUGCUCAAAGUGCAAAACAGUUACUUCUAGAAAACAAAAUUGACGAGGGGCGUGACUAUUUAAUCAAAUCGAUAAGAGAUUAUACUGUCGAUAUCCCAGGAAUACACACACAACAGGUCGUACAGAAGUUUUAUGGAGGAAAUCCGGACAACGCUAUAAAUCUUAUAAGAUACGUCGUCGAAAUGUUUAUAGCAGACGUGAUGGAUUAUGAAUCAUAAAUUCAAAAUGUAUUUUUAAAUAACAUAAGACAAUUUUUGAUUUGUAAAUUAUAUCAUUUUUGUUCUA